AUGGUGUCGGCCACGGGGAACGGCCGCAGAUACGCGGCGCAGGCACUGGUCCGAGACGUCCUUGCCUCCGAGGGCCUGCUCCUCGUCGCGCUUCUGAUCCUGGACUGGAAGAACAGCGAGGAGCAGCAGGAGAGCCGCUGGCCCGUGCCCGUGGAGGGGCCGCAGAGGGUCCGCGUGGCAGUGCGCGGCCUGCCUGCGCCAGUGGACGCCUGGCGCGGCAGCUACGGCCAGCUGCUGGGGGCGGCCGCCGGCGAGCUCGCCGUGGACGUCGCGGUCUCGAUCCAGGCGCGGAAUGCCUCCCUGGAGCUGCUGCGCUCGGCGGUCGCGGCGCGCUGCUACGUCGCCAUGGGCCACGACUACAACCUGCCGUACGGCCCGUGGGGCAUGGCGGCCGAGGAGGAGGUCACCCUGCGGAGCCGGCAGCUCCUGGAGCACGCGGGCACGGUCAUGCUGUGCACGUCGCGGCACCUGACGGACUACGUGCACCGCUUCUCCGAGGGCAAGGUCCGGAGCCGGCUGUGCUACUGCGCAGACUACGGCUACUUCGACCCAUGGAAGAAGACAACACUACGAGUUCCCCCCCGCCCUGUGCCCUGA